CCUCCCAGCUGUGAGAACCAUUUCAGCAGUAGUCGGGAGGUGAGAAGGUGCAACUUGUGUUUUCCUUCGGCCUUUUCUGGAUUUCGCCCAAUUCUUCCCUGGAAUUAGGACCGGCUUUGCCAGACGAGCUGUGGGAAGACCAGGACGAAGUUCCUAUCAGGACUCAAGUGACUUUCUACAACUACGGUUUCAAGUCAGAACCACAAGAAGUGUACCCAUUCAGCCCCAGCUCUGCUGUGAAGAGGUCACCAUGCCAGAGUUGAGAAACAGUCAUGCUCUACUAGCAGACGGAAUGUGAGAGACUGACGUGAAAUGUCAUCACUAUGACAACACCAGUCGUGAGAGACCUUGCUGCCACCACCGGGAAGACCAAAAGCUGAGAGUCUACAUUUUCCUGAUUAAGACACUGUGAACCAUGGAACCCACGGAGAUGUCUACUCCAGAAGGGGCGCCGAAGGACUGCCCCAUCUGCGGACACCCGUACAACAAGGGGAAGAAACGUCGGCUGAUCGACGCCUGCGGACACGAGCGAUGUUUCACCUGCAUGUUCCAGGUGGAGGAGUGUCCCAUCUGCAAUAAACCUGUCCCAAACGGGCACACUUUACCUGUAUCAGACUCUGUGACAACAUCUACUAAGGAACAAGUAAAGGAGAAGCAGACAGACGCUGUGGCAGUCCAUCAACAUAGUAUUUCAAACGGGAAUUCCAGUAAAGUAAUGGGUGUGUCAACAACAGAGAGAGAGCGACAUCGCCGCAAGUCCAUGGAAGACGACUCGUCAUCUGACAAGCAGACCCCGCCCAAGGUACCUCCGCGGCCGUCCCUCAACACCCUCCCCAAGGCCGGGGGAGCCGAGCAUCAUGGGAACCCUGCUGCAAAGCAUGCUGGGAGCCACGCCCAGGAGUACCGGAACAUCAUCAGGACUGCCGAGGGCGUUGACCUCAUCAAGCAGUACAGUAACUCUUCCCAGGAGGAAAAGGACUCGCAGAGAGGGAUCGAAAAGGGAGCUACGAAGUUUUUACUGAGUAAACCCACUAAACAGUACGCCAGCGAGCCGACCAGGUACUUUGUGAAGGUUCCUUUUCAGGAAAAGUCUGGCGAAGGUGAUAAGAGAGAAGUAUUGAAGGACAGGGAGGAGGAAGAUUGUACGAGUGCAAAGAGUGAAGGAAAGGUGCACGCUGCAAAGAAGGAGUUUAACAAUGCUGCAACAAAGGAUGAUGGGAACAAUGUUACAAAGAACAACGGGGUAGAUUUCCAGAUGCCGCGGGUGGAGGAGGAGAGAAUACAGGAGAGAAUCCUGGUCCCGCGUGUCGAGACAAUAACACUGCCCCAGCGGCAGGAGUGCACAUCCCCAAACUACCCCGCGCUGAGCACGUUCAAAACGAAGCCCCAGCCGCCCCCGCGGGAGGGCAGCAUCCAGAGACAGGACGCUGUCUCCGAAUCCUGCCGAGUCUCGCCGUCGCCCAAUCAGGCGUCCGUGCCAAACCAGGUGACUGCCGGUCACCUGACCAUGAGCCAAAUGGUAUCCUUUAGUCACGUUUCAGAACCGGAAAGACCAGUUGCCAUGGUAACUUCUCAACCCGUAAUCAGCGAGGCCAAACUUUGCCAUGUGACCCCCACCAUUGUUUCCACCAAUCACGUCGCACCGGCUGAUACGUCAGCCAAUCAUGUGACAGUACAGCCCGUGACCCCCACUACCACGAAAGUCUGUACAGCUAUAGUUGUGCCAAUCACAGAGCAGCACAGAACUUCGACACUAGAACGUAGGAAGAAUGCCCAAAACUCCAUCUCUCCUAGAACAUUGUUCUUUGAGAGAAGUCUGGAAGAUAGCAGUAAACCUGUCCCUAAGCCAAGAACUAGCACCCUUCAGAGACAAGAAAAUGUCCAAGAUCCGAUUCCUGAUCGGUUGGAACUUUCACCUUCGACCCCUGAACCGGAGUCAUCGCCACGGAGACCGGAGGUUGCCAUGCCCUUGGAUAGAUCACCCAUGAGAACUGUUUCCACAGAGACAAAUAAGGAAUUACCCAAAAUUCCUGAGAAGUCAGUCUUGUGCAAUGGAGAUGUCAAUCAUCACGACAGUCUGGAAUCUAGAGAAGAGGAUGAUGAUAUCGGCCCCCCACCUCCCCCGGAUAUUGCGGAAACUGCCCUGCGUACAAGACUGGGUUUCCUGCUCGGAGAACGAGUGCCUCGGCAGCGAGAGAUGUCCGUGUCAUCCAACUUUGCGAGUAUCACCUCGCUAGCGAGCAUAGACGCUGGCAACGACACCAGCAGUCCAACCUCUACACUUACCGGCACCAAGCCGCCCCUCAAAGUCUCCCGCGCCACAAACUGCAACCUCCACUCCCUCCCCCGAACCCCCCUCCCCCCUCGCCGCUCCUUCCUACAGUAUCAGUACCAGUUUCACUACAUCUCCCCCUACGUCCCCUGUACACCAUACCUUCAGCGCAGGGCCCGUAUAGUGUCCACACGCGGGCAGCCCUCCCCCACACCAACUCCAUUCCCUCAGCCCUUACUGCACUACUACCCUGUACACCACCAUGUUCCUCUCCUGUAUGAGAAGUACAAGAUGCUGUUUUCCAACAGCAUGGGUUCGAGUGAUCGAACAAUCUCGCCCAGCAGUCAUGAGCGUAGCAUGGAAAGUCUGGCGUCGUUCCCACAAAACAUGCUAACCCCGCCAUCACCUACUCGGCCACAUUCACUGUCAGCCCCCGCCACCACCCCAUUGGAAGACAUUCCAGCUCUGCAGAGACAGGCUCCCUACAGGCACUCCCUCCGCAGCCCCCCCACACCCAGGAGUAGAGCAAAGGUCAACCACGACCUGAAAGUGCGUUUUGCUCCCUACAAGCCACCUGAAGUAUCCAUGAAGCCCCUCCCGUUUGAAGUGCCAAACCUUCAUGACGACACGCUCUACGUCGGUCGCGACUGGCUGUACAGGGAGAUGGAGGAGCACCUCUCCUCCGAGGAGUCGCCAAAAAACAAGGGUGUGGUGAUCUCUGGGAGCAUCGGGUUCGGGAAGACCGCCGCCCUCUACAAGCUGGUGUCCCACAGUUGCCACGGUGACAGGAUGAAGAUGAGGCUGUGCAAUGGAAAUGUCACAAAUGGACACGGACUGUCCAAUGGACUAAUAGACUCCAAACCACCAGUGGACGACUCCCUGAUGUACCUGGCCAAUCACGUCGUGGCGUAUCACUACUGUCAGGCAGACUUCGACAUCACAUGUAUGGUGCCAGAGUUUGUGCAUAACCUGUCUGCCCAGCUGUCCCAGUGUCCACAGCUGCUCACCUACAAGGAUCUUCUCAUCAACGAGCCCCACCUGCAGAGUUCCCUCAGUCUCAGGGAGUGCACCAGGGACCCCUCCAACGCAUUCAGGAGAGGUAUCCUGGAGCCUUUGACCAGACUGAAACAGGAAGGUCGUAUCGCCAUGGAGAUGUGCAUCCUGCUGGUGGACGGUCUGAACGAGGCGGAGUUCCACAAGCCGGACUACGGGGACACCAUCGCGUCUUUCCUGACCAAACACGUCAUGAAGUUCCCGUCAUGGCUGAAGCUCAUUGUGACGGUACGGACCAGUCUGCAGGUAAGCAAGCAAGAUGUUACCAAGCUGCUGCCUUUCCAUCGCAUCUCAUUGGACCGCAUGCUGACCAAUGAAAACAUCCACAACGACGUCAGUCAUUACAUCACCCAGCGGAUCAACCAAUCACAGGCCGUUAGAAACAACAUCUCCAUAAAUGGCAAACUGGACCCGGCCAAUCAGGCCAAGUUUACCGCCCACCUCCAGACUCUCAGCAGAGGUUGCUUCCUCUACCUCAAGUUGACGCUCGACCUGUUAGAGAAAGGUCACAUCGUGGUGAAAACCUCCAGCUACAAAGCUCUACCCGUGAACUUAUCCGAGGUGUUCCUCUUGCACUGUAACUUGAGAUUCUUGAGCAACAAGGCGUUUGAGAAAGUUCUGCCAGUGUUUAACAUCGCUCUGGCGUCGCUGUAUCCGCUGCGGGACGAGCAGCUCUUCCAGGCGAUGAACGCGGGCUACGUGACGCACCUCCUGCUGUGGGAGGAGUUUAUGCAGAGGAUGGAGACCAUUUCUGCGUUUCUGGUUAGGAGGAGAGACGGGAGGAGGAUGUUCUACCACCCGUCCUUCAGAGAAUGGCUUACCAGGAGGGAGGAGGGGGACAGCACCAAGUUCCUCUGUGAUCCAAGGAGUGGCCACGCCCUGCUUGCCUUUCUGCUGUCUCGUCAGGAGAAAAAGCUGACCGAUGAACAGUCCAUCGAGCUGGGGCAUCACAUCCUGAAGGCUCACAUCUACAAGAGUCUGGGCAGGAAGCUGGGCUGCUCAUCUCGAUGUCUGCAGGCGCUGUGGAUGGCUCACAGUGCUCAGGACCUGUCAGCUAGUCUGGCUACACCUAGGAACCUGUACAACCCUAACAUCAAGGUGAGCAGACUGUUGAUCCUGGCCGGAGCUAACCCUGACCACCACACAGACUUCAUGGGCAGUGCUCCACUGCUGUGCAUCGCCGCCAGCGAGGGUUACGCGGACAUGGUGUCUGUCCUGCUGGAGCUGCGGGCCUCGGUGGAAGCUCAGUCCGACACGGGGAUGACCGCGCUGAUCUACGCGGCAGUCGGGGGGCAUCUGGACGUGGUCAGGAUGCUGUACAGGAAACAUGCAAGGUUGAACCACACAGACAGGAACGGCCGCUGUGCCUUGGUCCACGCUGCUCUGAAUGGCCACAUGGACGUGCUGAGUUUCCUGCUGCAGUGUGACUGGCUCUACUCCGACCCUCACGACCUCACCAAGAGGGUUGCCUGUCAGCAGGGCUUCGUGGCUGCAGCGAGUACAGGCAACAAGGAGAUCUGUGACUUCCUGCUGAGUCUAUCGGAGAUGGAGCACCACGAGGAGUGGACUGUCAACAUCAACGAGCCAGACACGCUCUUCAAGGAGACGCCGCUCACCGUGGCCGCGUCCAACGGGAAGCUGGACAUCUGCCGCGCCCUGCUGGAGAAGGGAACCUCCAUCACCAUGCCAAACGGAAGGGGCCUGUCUCCGAUGUUCUGUGCUGUCCGUGCGGGCCACUGGGAGGUGGUUGACCUGCUGUUGUCCCACCAGGCUGACCGUGAGGAGAUGGACUCCCACGGCAGGACUCCCCUCAUGGUCGCUGCCUGCGAGGGGCAUCUCGGCGUCUGCGAGCUGCUGCUCAGUAAAGGUGCCUCCGUGCUGCAGGCAGACAAGGAAGGUCUGACCUCCCUGAGCUGGGCCUGUCUGAAGGGUCAGAGUCACGUGGUCCAGUCUCUACUGGAGAGAGGCUCCGAGAUCGACCACACGGACAAGACUGGACGCACUCCGCUUGACCUGGCUGCUUUCUACGGGGACGCUAGCGUGGUCCAAGUGCUGGUAGACAAAGGUGCCAUGGUGGAACAUGUAGACUAUAACGGCAUGAGGCCGCUGGACCGUGCCAUUGGCUGCAGAAACACGGGGGUGGUCUCCGUUCUCCUGAGGAAGGGGGCCAAGCUGGGCCCUGCUGCCUGGGCCAUGGCGACCUCCAAACCUGACAUCAUGAUCCUCCUACUCAACAAGCUGGUGGAGGAGGGAAAUGUGCUAUAUAAGAAAGGGAGAAUAAAAGAUGCCUGCCAUCGCUAUCAGUAUGCCCUUAAGAAGUUCCCCAAGGAAGGGUUUGGGGAGGAGAUCAAGACCUUCCGAGAACUUAAGACUCAGCUGUUCCUUAGCGUGUCCAGAUGCAAGAGAAAACUCAAUGAUCUCAGCUCUUCAGCAGACUAUGCCAGUAAAGCACUCGAUACGAAACCCCAGUCAGCAGAGGCCUACUACACACGGGCUAGGGCCAAGAGAGAAAACAGACAAUACGGCCCAGCUCUUCAGGACCUUCUAGAAGCCUGCAAACUUGCUCCAGACAACAAGGAGAUCAGGCGACUGCUCAUCAGAGUUAAGGAAGAGUGUAAGCAGCAGACCAAGGAAGAUCGGGAGGGCUCCUCCGAGACUCAGGCUCAGGAUAAACCAGACGUCGUCGCUCCCACUAGCAAGGACAGACCCCCACCUCAGGAAACUAACUUAUGACUAGACGUGCACGUUUAUGUGUAGUUUUUACCUUCUGUUGCCAACAUUAGUAUGUGAAUUUUGGGAAAAAAAAUGCAAGAAAACGAAUCUAUGAGCCAGUGCUGUUAUCCAAAAAAUGGGAGGGUGAGCAUGUUUUGGAAUGCAGAUUUUUGCAUUUGUCACUUUUUUUCCUUCAGUUUACUCACUUUCCAUCCUGUGAAUAAGAUGUCUACUGCUAUGUUGAUUUUUACAUUUGAAGAAUCCUUGACGGAUUUUAUUGAAGAAGUGAGAAAACUGGUUGUAGAUGUCCUGUCAUUGGGUGUUUGAAAUUCUAC